AUGAAGGCGCUUCAAAACAUCUUGCUGGGUUUGCUGGGCGCAAGCUUCGCUCAAAUCGGCGUCUUUGCCCAGGAUGACGAUUCUUCCGCCGAAGAAGGAGACCUGACGGUGGAGCAAGGCAACUCGACUUACUUCAACCCGAUAUUUCCUGGCUUCCACCCCGAUCCCAGCUGUAUUUUCGUACCCGAAUGGGAUGACACGUUCUUUUGCGCUGCAUCGAGCUUCAACGCCUUCCCGGGAAUUCCGAUACACGCCAGCAAGGACCUUAAGAAUUGGAGGCUGAUUGCCCAUGUUUUGAACCGGCCGGAGCAGCUGCCGAGACUAGCGGAGACAAACCGCUCGACGAGCGGUAUUUGGGCACCGACGCUGCGAUAUCAGGACGACACAUUCUGGCUUUUCACCACAUUAGUCGAUGACGAGAAAGCGCCAGAGGACGCGUCAAGGUGGGAUAAUAUCUUCUUCAAGGCGGAGGAUCCGUUUGACGAACUAUCGUGGACCGACGCCAUCCAUUUCGAGUUCGAGGGCUAUGACCCAUCCCCUUUCUGGGACGAGGAUGGUAAAGUUUAUGUCACAGCAGCUCAUGCUUGGCGGGUUAGCGUCGACCUCGACUUUGCCCCGGAGAAAGAAGAAGAGGAAGCAGGGAUCACUGCGUUCCUCACCCAAAAUCACCACCUCGACCUCGGUGUUGUGUACCUUCCAUCUGGGUCAGAGACGGCCAGCUUCCCUGGGCCUCGGGGUGGCGACGAAAGCGCGGUAGAGGAGGGUGAUCUUGCUCCCCAUCUACGCUUCCGCGCCAUGUCCUACCUACCUGUGCCCGACACGCUCGUCGUUCCUCUUCCAGGGGCCUGGGCAGGAGAGACCUUGCGUCUUGAGAUAAGCGCCAAAAACAACACGCACUACUCCUUUUCUGCUGGGCCGGCGAGCGCGAGAUCUCAAGUGCAGACGAUAAUUGACGUGUCCAACGAACACUUGAGCUGGGGAUUUAACGGCUUGGCAUUGCAGAAGAUGGGCUGA